AUGACCGUCGGAACUAUCGCCGCCGUAGCUAACGGCGUUACUCAGCCGUUGAUGACUCUAAUCUUUGGUCAGCUCAUCAACGCAUUUGGAACCGCCGAUCCUGAUCAUAUGAUUAGAGAAGUGUGGAAGGUUGCUGUAAAUUUUCUUUACCUUGCAGUAUACGCUUGUGUCGUCGCUUUCCUACAGGUUUCAUGUUGGAUGGUCACGGGAGAGCGGCAGUCAGCCACGAUUCGCGGUUUAUACCUAAAAACGAUACUAAGACAAGAUAUCGGCUACUUCGAUACGGAAACAAACACCGGAGAAGUCAUCGGAAGAAUGUCUGGAGAUACAAUUCUGAUUCAAGACGCCAUGGGAGAAAAGGUUGGGAAAUUUCUACAACUACUAGCAACAUUCUUGGGAGGAUUCGUGAUUGCGUUUAUAAAAGGAUGGCGUUUAGCGUUGGCUCUUCUCGCUUGCAUUCCUCUGAUCGCAUUCACGGGAGGAGUAAUGUCUCUAAUCAUGUCGAAAAUGGCUGGUCGUGGUCAAGUCGCUUACGCGGAAGCUGGAAACGUAGUAGAACAAACCGUAGGAGCAAUUAGAACAGUAGUAGCGUUUACGGGAGAGAAACAAGCAACGAAAAAAUACGAGACCAAACUCGAGAUGGCUUACAAGACUAUGGUUCAACAAGGUUUGACUUCUGGUCUAGGCCUUGGUACAAUGCUAGCUGUGAUCUUUGGUAGCUACGGUUUAGCUGUCUGGUAUGGCGCGAAGCUGAUAAUUGAGAAUGGUUACAAUGGUGGACAAGUGAUUAAUGUGAUUUUCGCGGUCAUGACCGGAGGAAUGUCGUUAGGGCAGACAUCGCCGAGUUUGAAUGCGUUUGCUGCAGGACAAGCUGCUGCUUACAAAAUGUUUGAAACGAUCAAGAGGAGUCCGAAGAUUGAUGCUUACGACAUGAGCGGUUCUGUUCUUGAGGAGAUUAAAGGAGACAUUGAGCUCAAAGAUGUUUACUUUAAGUAUCCGGCUAGGCCUGAUGUUCAGAUCUUCGCCGGAUUCUCGCUUUUUGUACCAAACGGCACAACAAUGGCUCUAGUGGGUCAAAGCGGAAGCGGGAAAUCUACAGUUAUCAGUUUAAUCGAGAGGUUCUAUGAUCCCGAAUCAGGAGAAGUGUUGAUAGACGGCAUUGAUUUGAAGAAGCUUCAGCUUAGAUGGAUUCGAAGCAAAAUCGGUUUGGUUAGCCAAGAACCUGUUCUGUUUGCGACCACAAUCAAGGAGAACAUUGCGUACGGGAAAGAAGACGCGACUGAUCAGGAGAUUCGAACCGCGAUUGAGCUUGCUAACGCUGCUAAAUUUAUUGACAAACUCCCACAGGGCUUGGACACGAUGGUAGGAGAGCACGGGACGCAAAUGUCUGGCGGACAGAAACAGAGACUAGCCAUCGCGAGGGCGAUUUUGAAAAACCCUAAAAUCUUGCUUCUAGACGAAGCAACAAGCGCGUUGGAUGCUGAAUCCGAACGCAUUGUUCAAGACGCACUCAUGAACCUAAUGUCGAAUCGGACUACCGUCGUGGUGGCUCACCGGUUGACCACAAUAAGAACCGCCGACGCAAUCGCCGUGGUCCACCAGGGAAAAAUUGUUGAGAAAGGGACUCACGAUGAGAUGAUCCAAGAUCCAAAUGGAGCUUAUUCACAGCUCGUUCGUCUUCAAGAAGGAUCAAAUAAAGAAGCUAACGAAUCCGAGAUACCUGAAAUGAACUUAGACGUUGAUAGAUCAGGAAGUCAUAGGUUAUCAUCGGCGAUGAGAAGAUCAGUUAGCCGUAAUUCAUCGAGCAGUCGACAUUCUUUUUCAGUCGCUUCUAAUUUCAUUAUACCGGGAGCGGUUAACAUUAAUGAGCCCGACGAGGAACAAGCCGAAAGACACAAGAAAGUGUCACUAAAACGGCUUGCUCACCUCAACAAACCUGAGAUUCCGGUUUUGUUGUUUGGUUCACUUGCUGCAAUGGUUCAUGGAACGUUGUUUCCUAUAUUUGGUUUGCUGCUUUCGAGCUCAAUCAAUAUGUUCUACGAGCAACCGAAGAAGUUAAAGAAAGAUUCGCAAUUUUGGGCGUUGAUUUACCUCGCGCUCGGUUUAGCGAAUUUGGUCAUGAUCCCGAUUCAGAACUAUUUGUUUGGUGUCGCCGGUGGAAAGCUGAUUAAACGCAUCAGAUUGAUGUCGUUUGAUAAAGUUGUUCAUCAAGAAAUCAGUUGGUUCGACGAUACAGCAAAUUCAAGCGGUGCGAUUGGAGCGAGGCUGUCCACGGAUGCUACAACAGUUAGGAGUUUGGUGGGUGAUGCGUUGGCGUUAAUUGUGCAAAAUAUAGCGACUGUAGCCACCGGUUUAAUAAUAGCAUUUUCGGCUAAUUGGAGAUUAGCGUUCAUUGUUCUCGCUCUAUCACCGCUUAUAGUCGCACAAGGAUACCUUCAGAUGAAGUUUCUUACUGGUUUUAGUGCUGAUGCUAAGGUAAUGUAUGAAGAAGCGAGUCAAGUGGCGAAUGAUGCAGUGAGUAGCAUAAGAACGGUUGCAUCUUUCUGCGCAGAGGACAAAGUGAUGGAUUUGUACCAACUGAAAUGCGACGGACCGAAGAACAACGGUAUCCGGACAGGUCUUGUGAGCGGUGCGGGUUUCGGUACCUCUUUCUUUGCUCUCUAUUGCGUCAAUGCUGCAUGUUUCACCAGUGGUGCGUGGUUAGUUCAAAUAGGCAAAGCCACAUUUGGUGAAGUGUUCAAGGUUUUCUUUGCAUUGACCAUCACUGCGAUUGGAGUUUCUCAAACGAGUGCUAUGGCACCUGAUACAAACAAAGCCAAGGACUCUGCAACUUCGAUUUUCGAUAUCCUCGAUAGCAAACCGAAGAUCGAUUCAAGCUCUGAUGAAGGUACAACGUUACAAAACGUUCAUGGCGAUAUCGAAUUUCGACAUGUUAGUUUCCGGUACCCGAUGCGACCGGACGUUCAGAUUUUUAGAGAUUUGUGCGUGACUAUCCCUUCCGGAAAGACCGUUGCGCUUGUUGGAGAGAGUGGGAGCGGGAAAUCGACGGUGAUAAGCAUGAUUGAGAGGUUUUAUAAUCCAGAUUCAGGCAAGAUUUUGAUCGAUGAGGUUGAAAUUCAGACAUUCAAAUUGAGUUGGUUAAGGCAACAGAUGGGUUUGGUUAGUCAAGAACCGGUUUUGUUCAACGAGACUAUCAGAUCAAACAUAGCUUAUGGUAAAACCGGUGGAGUAACAGAGGAAGAGAUAAUCGCAGCCUCACUAGCCGCAAACGCACAUAACUUCAUCAGUUCGUUGCCUCAAGGUUACGAAACGUCGGUUGGAGAACGCGGUGUUCAGCUAUCGGGCGGUCAGAAACAGAGGAUAGCGAUUGCUCGCGCGAUUUUGAAAGAUCCGAAGAUUUUGUUGCUCGAUGAAGCGACUAGCGCGUUGGACGCAGAAUCUGAGCGUGUGGUUCAAGAUGCGCUUGAUCGGGUUAUGGUGAAUCGAACGACCGUAGUUGUGGCUCAUCGCCUCACGACGAUUAAGAACGCAGACGUGAUCGCGGUUGUGAAAAACGGCGUUAUUGCUGAGAAAGGAAGGCAUGAGACUCUGAUGAAGAUUUCAGGUGGUGCUUAUGCUUCUCUUGUUGCUCUGCACAUGAGUGCCAAUUAG